GAUGCUCGGAUAGUGGCUUCAUCAGCAUCCGGCAAACAAGUAGAGGACCAGGGGAACUUUUUGUUAUCGCCCCAGCACUGCCCGGACCGUGUCCCGCUGUCCUGCCCGCCGGGUGUCCGUAGUUGGUCGGAGGCUGCCAGGUCAGGUCAUCGCAGCGCUGUCAGGAACGAGGAAACGGAAAACACAGACCUCAGCCAAUCAACUCUCAAUGAAUGUGUCUCUGUGAGGAGUUUGACAGUCUGAACGCAUGAACAGAUGCAGAGCAUGGUCCUUUUUCAUCCUACAGAGGAGUGACAGUGUCCUUGCCCGGCCCUCUGGGAGAGGACCAUGGCCCUGAGCGACGCCUGUGGCGACCUUCUGGCCCUCAGCAAUGGAGGGCACCAUCCUCUCGGCGCCAACGGAAACGGCCCCUCGAACCCCAGCACACCGGUCAGCGGCGGCCAGGACCCUCUCACAGUCGCCUCCGUAGUGGACAGAGAUGAGAACGCGGCCACCGCACCGUCUAAAGUACAACAGAGAUCACACGUCGUUCAGAGGGCCAACCGGCCCAGCCAAAAUGGCAGCGUGGUCAAACAGAACGGCUCCCUGAGGAACCUUCCCCAGUCCUCCCCUGGCGCCUCCUCCCCGGCACUCACAGACUCCCAGAGACCGGCCAAACGCAACCUUUCCUCCACCCUCUCCCCGUCCUCCUCCUCCCCUUCUCUGCAGACCCCGCCCCUCUGCUGCCAGCACUGUCACUUCCACUCUGCCCCAUGCUGCCCCUGUGGACAGCAGGAGUGCCCGCUCUUUCAGAAUCCAGUUCCAGGCCCGGGGUCCGGCUCCGUCCCCCACCCUGGGACCCCUCCAUCCUGCCCGUGCUGCCUCUCUGCCUGCACGUACUCUCACCCCCAUCCUCCUCACCCGUCCUCCCCGCUCUGUCUCCAACACCACCACCACCAGCGCUGGCAGGAGCACCUCCAGAACCAGCCGCCUGGAAUCAGCCCUCCGAGACCCUUUCGAUUCCCCAAAAGCUAUGCUGAGCUGAUAGCUGAUUGGCCAGUGGUGGUGCUGGGGGUGUGCACAGUGCUCAUCGUGGUGUGUGCCCUAGUGGGCAUCCUCGUGCCCGACCUGCCCGACUUCUCCGACCCACUGCUGGGUUUUGAGCCGCGGGGAACAGCCAUUGGGCAGCGACUGGUCACAUGGAACAACAUGAUUAAGAACACUGGCUACAAAGCCACGCUGGCCAACUACCCCUUCAAAUACGCUGAUGAGCAGGCCAAAAAUCACCAAGAGCCCAGGUGGCCCGAGGACCACUUUGAUCGAGACAAACGUCAAGCAGAGUGGGACUUCAGUAAAGAGUUCUUCUGUGAUGUGCCAGGUGACAGUUACUCUAGACUGGUGUUCACAUCAGCUGAGGGGAAGAACCUGUGGAGUAUUCAGGCCAUCAAAUCCAUGUGCAAUCUGGACAACUCAAGGGUGCGUUCCCACCGCGACUACUGGAGUCUCUGUCAGCGCACCAAUGACGCCUCCUGCUGUCCCAGCUGGACGCUCGGCAACUACGUCGCGGCCCUCACCAACAGGUCGUCCUGCCAGAAGAUCACGGAACGAGACGUAUCGCACACGCUGAAGCUCCUGCGCUCGUGCGCCAAGUACUACCACAACGGCACUCUUGCACCCGAUUGCUGGGACAUGGCCCUGCGACGGAAAGACCAGCUGAAGUGCGCCAGCGUGCCCCGGAAGUGCACCAAGUACAACGCCGUCUACCAAAUACUUCACUUCCUGGUGGACAAAGACUUCCUCAGUCCCAAGAGCCUGGAGUACCCUCCACCCAUGCUCAAACACAGCAUGCUCUUCUCGCCCACAGAGAAAGGGGAGUCGAUGAUGAACAUAUAUUUGGACAAUUUCGAGAACUGGAACUCCUCAGAUGGCAUCACCACAGUCACAGGGAUCGAGUUCGGCAUCAAACACGACCUCUUCCAGGACUACCUCCUCACGGACACAGUGUACCCUGCCAUAGCCAUAGUGAUCGUCCUGCUGGUCAUGUGUGUGUACACGCGCUCUGUUUUCAUCACCCUGAUGACGAUAAUAGCCAUCAUCAGCUCUCUGAUAGUGUCGUACUUUCUUUACCGAUUGGUCUUCAACUUUGAGUUCUUCCCCUUCAUGAACCUCACAGCACUCAUCAUCCUGGUCGGCAUCGGCGCGGAUGACGCCUUUGUGCUCUGCGACGUGUGGAACUACACCAAAUUGGACAAGCCACACGCUGAGCUGGCCGACACGGUCGGUGUGACGCUACAACACGCCGCACUGUCCAUGUUCGUCACCAGCUUCACCACCUCUGCCGCAUUUUAUGCCAAUUACGUCAGCAACAUCACCGCCAUACGCUGUUUUGGUGUCUAUGCGGGCACCGCCAUAUUGGUGAACUAUAUUCUCAUGGUCACGUGGCUGCCAGCUGUGGUGGUGCUACACGAACGCUACCUGCCCAGCAUGUUCCCCUGCACCAAGCCUCCGCACCAGCAAAGGGGUUACUGCACCCGGACGUUCUGGGCAGGUCUUUGUCAGAAGGCCAACAAUUGCCUGUGCACCGUCUCUGAGGCGUCCCGGAUCUUCUUCGAGAAGGUGCUGCCCUGCAUCGUCAUCAAACUGCGCUACCUCUGGCUCUUCUGGUUCCUGGCCAUCACGGUGGGCGGGGCCUACGUGGUUUGCGUCAACCCAAAGAUGAAGCUCCCAUCUCUGGAGCUGGCGGAGUUUCAGGUGUUCCGAUCCUCGCACCCAUUCGAGCGCUACGACGCAGAGUACAAGAAGCUCUUUAUGUUUGAGAGGGUUCAUCACGGCGAGGACCUCCACAUGCCCAUCACCAUCAUCUGGGGCGUGAUGCCCGUUGAUAACGGCGACCCCCUGAAUCCCAAGAACAAGGGAAAGCUGAUGCUGGACAGCGGCUUCAACAUUGCCAGUCCAGCCUCUCAGCUGUGGAUCCUCAACUUCUGCCAGAAGCUUAGAAAUCAGAGCUUUAUCUAUCAGUCGGAGGAGCAGGACUUCACCAGCUGCUUCAUCGAGACGUUCAAACAGUGGAUGGAGAACCAGGACUGCGAGGAGGCCUCCGUCUACCCCUGCUGCAGUCAGUCCACCUUCCCCUACAAGCAGGAAGUCUUUGAGUUGUGCAUCAAGAGAGCCAUCAUGGAGCUGGAUCGGAGUACCAACUACCAUCUAGACAGCAAAACCCCCGGGCCUCGAUUCGACAUCAAUGACACCAUCAGAGCCAUAGUGUUGGAGUUUAAGAGCACCUACCUCUUCACCUUGGCCUAUGAGAAGAUGUACCAGUUCUAUCUUGAGGUGGAUGCCUGGAUCGCUGAGGAGCUCCGAUACGCCCCAGCAGGCCUCAGCCACGGCUGGUUUAUCAGCAACCUGGAGUUCUAUGACCUCCAGGACAGCCUGUCGGACGGCACUCUGGUUGCCAUGGCGCUGUCGGUGGCUGUGGCCUUCAGCGUUAUGCUGCUGACCACCUGGAAUGUCAUCAUCAGCCUGUACGCCAUCCUGUCGAUCGCUGGCACCAUCUUUGUCACGGUCGGCUCUCUGGUGCUACUUGGCUGGGAGCUGAACGUCCUGGAGUCCGUCACCAUAUCUGUUGCGGUGGGGCUCUCCGUGGACUUCGCCGUCCACUACGGCGUCGCCUACCGUCUAGCCCCUGAGCCCGACCGCGAGGGAAAGGUGAUUUUCUCCCUCAGCCGCAUGGGCUCGGCCAUCGCCAUGGCGGCCCUGACCACCUUUGUUGCCGGGGCCAUGAUGAUGCCCUCGACCGUCUUGGCCUACACCCAGCUGGGCACGUUCAUGAUGCUGAUCAUGUGCAUCAGCUGGGCCUUUGCCACCUUCUUCUUUCAGUGCAUGUGUCGCUGCUUGGGACCCCAGGGGACCUGCGGCCAGAUCCCCCUGCCCAAAAAGAUGCAGUGUCAGGUGUUCUCAGAGGUCACGUCCAUGAGCCCCGCCCCUCAGGGGAAAGGCUCUGGCCUGGGGAAGUACCAGCUGGACAGCAGGGGCGGGGAGGUGGAGCAUUAUGAGUUGGAGCCCCUGGCCUCCGGUCAGAAGACUGAAGAUGCACCCAGAGAUGAGCAGGAUGUGUGUGCUCAGCUCUACAAUGGAAUCCCUCCUCAGCACCACAACGCCCCUUACUCCCACAUCGAUCACAAGAGCAAACCUGAGACCGAGGGCAGCGGCCCUGAGAACGGCCUUGUGGUCGCACCGAGCACACCGUCCAGGUGCCAGUACUCUCAAAACGCUAACUGCACCUGCGGGGACCCCUCUCCUCCUCACCACCCGUCUCAGCAGUACCCCCACUCCUGUGCUCAGCCUCCCCAAGUCUCUCCCUCCUGCCCCCUCACCCCUCAGCUCCUCCCGCUCUCAGGAAACAACCCGGGCAAACAAAACCCACCUCCGUUCCCUACAAACCUGGACCCGGUAUACACACACACAGAGUGCCGUAUGCACUAUGUCCACUGCCCCCCCGCCCAUUUCCACCACUGCUCCCAGGGGAGAGUUGCGGCCCCCAGGCAAGGACCCUCCCACAGCUGCCAUCUCAGGAAGUAUUGCAUCCACACUGCAACCCUGCAGGCUGGUUUAGCCAGAGAGCAGAGGCCCACCACCACAGCUUUGAACCAGGACACAGACCCAGCUCUUGGCUCAGGGCCUGCGGGACACCAGGAGGACCAGAGACAAGAAACGGGGCCCUCGAGCCUCGACAGUAGCCAAAAUAUCAGCACCCCAGCCCUGACGCAAGCUCAGACUCAGUGCCCCUCUCUCCCUUCAUUGGGCUCACCACACACAAGAGGACAUGAAAGACAAACAACAAGGGACAGCAACCAUUGUUGCAGCGAGAACCACGUGUCCACCACAACCACAGAUCCGACCCCACAAACGGACGCUUGUUGUAGAAUCCCUGGCAACCAGGAGAAGCUCCAAAGUAUUCCCGUCACACGGGAGGAAAGCGUCAAAAAGUGCAAGCGGAACACCAAAAGACAGCGGGCGUCCGCCGCCUCUCCAAAGAAACUCUACUGUUUUAACAGGACGUUGAAAGUGAAGUGCAAUUCAGCCUCAGAGUUCAAUGUGCCAAGAACUGAAACCAGCGUGCCUCCUAUUGCGAUACCCACCAAUCCCUCUUCUGAAAGCUUAUGUUGAUCACAAAUUGCUAUUUUAAUUAAAACUCAAUCCAGAACAAAUGGCAAAAAAAAGGAAUAACACAUACAAUGUCUGUCUGUGCAAUCAAACAAGGUUUAUGACGCGUUUGCUGACCAAGUGCCUCAAUGUGUUCCACAAAACAGCACCGACCCACUAAAUAUAAUCUGUUUACAUGUGACUUUUUUUCUACUCACCAGGUCUUCACGUGCCACAUUAUGUGCUUUCAUUUUACACUAUUGUUAAAGCUAUAUAAUUAUGGGAAAUGACCAGUCUUUUCCCAAAAGCACCGCCAUGGAAUUUAGCUAACUACAGUGUUAAAUAUACUCAUAGAGCAGCCAUUUGCACUGACAUUAAGCGGUAUAGUAUAUAUUGUGAUAUUGUGCGUAACUGUCAGUACUAGUCGUCAGAAACGAAAAUGUGCCACAUUUUUACAAGCCGGUUGAAAAGUUGUUGCAGGACAUAUUUUUUUGUAUUUGUGGGAGCUGAGUGUUAAAUCCUGUGGGCUCUCGUGCCAAGUCGCCAUACGCCUCGGAUAAAAGAUGUACUGUAUGAUUAAAAUGUCUU